AUGCGUUUGUGACAGAGGAAGACUAUCGGAAGCCAGUAAUGGCAAGUCAUCGUGUAGGGAUGGCUGCUUCUGAAAAAUACUAUACAACGCUUAAUUCGGCUUUGAGUGAAACUGAUAACCAGAAAAUCCUGAGUAAGCUCAAAAAAAUGAAAAAAAUGGUGGAUGAAAAAAAGAUGAUGGGAGACUGGGAAUCCUGGAUGCAACAGAAAACAGCGGGUAAUGACGACAAGGUUUAUAAAGAUGGUAUCGACAAUAGUGACAGUGAUAAUAACUUCAUAGAACGUAGAAAAGAAAACCAACUAACUACUCAUCGAUCGUGGGUUCUCAAAAGUGGUACCAACGUUGGAGACGAAUUAGCAAAAUAUAUUAAGGCAAUUCCUAAGGCUCAUAAAUGUUUGAAGUAA